UCUAGAGGAUGUGGGAAAAGAAGUAGGGGGGUUUGAUAGAAGUAUGAUAUGUCAGGCGACUGAAUGAGGUGUUCAACGUUUCCUCUUAACAGGAAGGGUGAGUGAGAGACAGCCAACCAAAAUGUCAGAAGGUGGGGGCGCUGUCCCAAGGAAGACCCUGACGCUCGACGACCUCAUCGAGGCCCUGGACAAGUGUGAGAGGGUGCCGAGCAAUAUACCAAAGGUUAAUACCUUCCACUUCAAGAGGGAACAGGUGCCCGAUUGGCUGGAUUUGACCGAGCAGGCGCUGGUGGGGCUGUCAGAUGAGGUCAAGUUCCAGCGGAUCUUAAAGUACGUCCUUCACAGCCACCAUCGGGAAGUAAGCAAGGUUGUGGAUGCCGCCAAUGGCAGUUGGGCGAGGUUUAGGGACCUGAUGCUAAGGAAGUACAGGUUGGGGGAUGACUUGUUGACCAUGGCGGACUUGGAGGCCAUGAACAAAGAUGACUUCUCCACGAUCGGGGCGUUCGUGCACGAGUUCAAGAAGAAAGCGAGGAAGGUGUACGGGAUCUCUGAAGAGACGCAGUGUGCCAUAUUUUUGGGUUUACUUACUGGCACGGAGGCCGCACAAUUGAUGAGUCACGGAGGAGGAAGUGGGAAGCUCACCUGGGCCAUUAUUGACAAAGGAGUGGAAGAGGGGAGUCUAGACCACGUGGAGCAGCACCAGAUGCGACUGCAGAGGCGCAAGAGAGAGGAAAGGGAUGCCACCGCAUCUGGGACUCCAGGGGUAAAGAGAAUCGUCACGGAUGUGCUGGCGGCGUUGGGGUAUGAUAAUGAGGCAGAAGUGCAGAAGAGAGGGGUGACUGUGGCCCAAGGUCGGGCAUCAGGGGCAGUGGAUGAGGAGGUUGGACUCGAGGACUACGGCGGAGAAGAGACAGACUCCCAGAUCCUGACCAAAGCCCAGACGAAGCAGCGCAAUUUGCUAAUGGGGGGUCAAGGAUCAGGAAAGGGGCAAGCCCCGCAAGCAAUUGCCGCACCACCACCUGCCGCCACGACGGCGCCAGCACCAGCCGGGCCAUCGCCUAUGGGGCCGCCGCCAACUUGUGGGCACUGGAUGCCGCAUUGUCAGCUCACGCCCUGGCCCAGAAACAAGAACAGGGCAGAUGGGUUAAGCCGUGUUAACUGGGAUAAGCCAGGGCAAGAAUCGGUAGAAGACACCCCACCAGUUGAUGGGUUCUUAGACCAGGAGGAAGACGUCCGCCUCCAUAUAAAUGAAUGGUCCUUGCGAGUGCCUAGCUGCGCCAGUCACCCCAUAUGGCUAACGCCCAAGGGGUACGAGCAAAAGAAGGAAUCGGUCCUCAAGCCUUUUCAGGAGGAGGAUCCGUGGGGAGGUAAGAAUGUCGGCUGGAUGAUGAAGUUGGCAUUGGCAGGUACACAUAGUCUGGUGGAGGAAGUGAGGACAAUAGAGGAAGGCCCAACUCAGGUAGAGGAGCAUGAACAGUUAAUGGGAGGGAUGUAUCUGCUCACUAAUACGCUCCUGCAAGGAAGCUUUGACCGGAGGGGCUCACUCGGCCCUAUGGAAAGUAAAAUCCUUGUUCAUGAAAGUCAAGAUGAUGAGUUCGAGGAGGGAGAGAUCAGGGAGGAUUUUCGCGCGAAAGAAUAUGAAGGGAUCUACUGGGAGUUGGGGCUACUCCUCUCCUGCGAGAUGAGGGAUAGAGAUGCAAGUGCCAAGGCACAAAAGAUGAGACACCUCUAUGUGGUGAGGGAUGGCCACCUGUUUAUAAAAUGGCAGGUCGGGAAUCCUAAAAGGAUUGUAUGUGGGAGGAACCGGCAGAUCGAUAUCAUAACAGCCCUACACGAUGGUAUAGCAGGAGGGCACAGGGGGAUAGGUGCCACGUGCGCGAAGAUAAGCGAACUGUACCACUGGGAUGGGAUGCUGACUAUGGUUAUUAAAUACUGCCAGUCCUGUGUACCUUGCCAAGAGAGGUCAGCGCAAAGGCCAGGAGAGCCCCUGCACCCAAGGUUGGAGACGGAAGUGGGUGCGGUCAUACACCUGGACCUGUUGUUCAUGCCGGCUGGGGAAAAUGGGCGUAAUUACAUCUUCGAUGCACGGGAUAACCUCACUGGGUUUGUGGACGGUCGGGCUAUCCGGACGAAGACUGGCCCAGUUCUGGCAAGCUGCAUCGAAGAGUAUUACCUGCGCUAUCCCUUCGUCAAAGAGUUCGUGAUGGACCGAGGGUCGGAGUUCACCUGCAAUGAGGUGCGGACCUUGCUUGUAGGGUAUGGCAUAGUGGCUAACUAUAAUACGGCCGCGCAUCCUCAAGCGAACGCACCAGUAGAGAGGGGGCACAGUACCAUCACAAACCUCUUGGAUAAGUGGACGGAGCGCAAGCCUGCCUCACAAUUGGGUGAGGGCUUAGCUGAGCCAGUGCGAUAUGUACCAAUGGAGGAGCCGUUGGACCCCGAGGCGGAGGCAGACAUACGGGGCCGAAGGGAGCCGCAGGGCCCGGAGGCGAUAGCCGAGCAGUGGGGCCUGGCGCGACCUCAGGUUGAGGAGGUGAUCGCGGUUGGAGACGACACCCCUUCAUCUAGCCCAGCCCCAGAGCAGACGCAACAGCCCUGGCCAGAGGGGAUUCCUGAGCCGGACCGCGGGGAGAUUCAUGAAUUUCCCCCAGAGGCCACCACUAUACCUGAGCGGGGGGCAAAGAUGGAGGAACAGAGAGUGGAUGAGAGAGCAGGGAUGAGUGUGACCACUCUUUUACCUUUGGCUAUGCGUACGGCCGAGUGCCCAGCUAUCGGAGGGCCUGCACCAGUGAAGCCGCCGCCAACGUUGCCAAGUACGAGUGGAGGGAAGGAUGAUGAAACGUUAGCUUCAAGGGGCCAUGGAUCGCGAGUGGGAGGAGCCUCGAAGGAAACCCGCGAAGAGAAGUCUGCUAGAGUACAAGUCCGCCUGACUGAGAUACAUGCGGGGCAGGCUGAGAUGGAGGCGGCAGCGCCGACACCGCCAGUCGAUCCCAAGACAAGCGAGCAGAGGAUCGACAAAUUGUGGGCCAGGUAUGAAGGUCAGAGAGAUGCAGCCCGCCAAAGAUCGCAGGGGACGGGACAGGCGGACGAGAAGGUGGAUGGGUUGAGGGAGGCGGGGGACUUGGGGUUCUGUGCCACUAGGAUGGCGGUCGAUCGUGUGGACAGGAGGAUACGUGAGGUGGCAGUUACAUCCUUCGAUCGAUAUAGUCUACUCAGUGAUGAGCUGACGGCCAGGAAACUGAAGGUGGAGCACCUGACUACUCGUCUCGCAGAAGAGAAGGCGAGGAGCCAGGCGAGAGAGAUUGAGUGGAAGAGAAGGUUUGAGGAACUAGCAGCUAUUGUGGAUAGGCUUUUGGCGGCCGGGGUGGCCAGACAGACCGCGCGGGCAGGCGUUGAUGGCCAGGACCGGGGGACGCAGGUUUCGCCUAGUCAGGAAACGGCGGCAGAGUCCCCUCGACAGAGGAGGCCGACGGAGAGAGUGUCACUGAACUUGGUCGAGGGAGAGGCAACACGGAGGAUUGAGGGGGAGACUAUUGGGGCUGGAACCUUUAUUGAGAUGGCUAUGCAGCCUAGGGUGUCCCCAUCAUAUGAGACCCGUGCCGAGAGGCUGAUCCAGGGACCCCAGUACCCAUCCACAGAGAAGAGUGGCGCACAGGAGUCGCUCAUGGCUAUGUCCACUGAGAGGAGAGGCUCGCGUUUGCAUGAGCUGGCGGCUGCCAUGGGGAUAGGUACACCGCAGGAGAGGCCUCAAAGACCUGAUACUUCAGAGUAUGCCCCGAGGGUUGGGAGAGAUGAGGUCGGCAUGCCGUGCCUAUUAUGGAAGAACCGGUAAAUGCCUUCAGACCCCUACGUAGUCCUGCAGUAGCCUGUGAAUUGUUUGUGACGCCCCGUCUGCCCACGUGUGCUAAUUCUGAGACAUAUUUGAAGG